AUGGUGCCACCUUCUCUGAAUAAGAAAUACCUCAGUGAGCAGAACAAAUCCACUGCAAUACAAUUUUUCCUUAACAUAAAAUUCUAUAUAUACACCCAUAUAUAUCACACAUAUCCAUCUACACACACGUAUAUCUAUCUAUCUAUCUAUCUAUCUAUCUAUCUAUCUAUCUAUCUAUCUAUCUAUCUAUCUAUCUAUCUAUCUAUCCGUUGCAUGAGUGGUGAUAGGCGCCAUUUUCUUUCUUUCUUUCUUUCUUUCUUUCUUUCUUUCUUUCUUUCUUAUUUGCGUUACCUUAAUAAUAUUCUUUCUAUCUUCCUCUCAUGCAUUUUAUUUCUUUUAUUCUUUCUUUUGAUUCUUAUUCAUCAUUUUCUUUCUUUCUUUCUUUCUUUCUUUCUUUCUUUCUUUUUUUUUUCUUAUUUCUCUCCACUUAAUAAUAUUCUACCUUCCUUUCAGUCAUUUCCUUUCUUUUGA